AUGGGUGAAUCCAGACAAGAGCUCCUGGCUUGGUUGAACAACCUCCUCCAGUUGAACAUCACCAAGAUCGAACAAUGCGGAACCGGUGCUGCGCUAUGCCAGAUUUUUGAUUCGAUCUUCAUGGAUGUGCCCAUGUCGCGUGUCAAGUUCAACGUCAAUUCCGAAUACGCUUACCUGCAGAACUUCAAGGUGCUCCAGAAUGUUUUCGCCCGCCACAGCGUUGACAAGCCCAUCCCCGUCCAAUCUCUCAGCAAAUGCCGCAUGCAAGAUAACCUGGAGUUCCUCCAGUGGGUGAAGAAAUACUGGGACCAGCACUACCCUGGUGGUGAUUACGAUGCUGUUGGCCGCCGGAAGGCCUCUGGUGCUCCCGUUGGUGGUGCCCCAGCUUCUUCACGCGCCCCCUCAGCGGGUUCGCGCCGCGGAGCUACCCCGGUCUCAUCUGCUGCUCGUCCCCGGGUUGCCACUUCAACUGCCCCCCAAACUGCGGCCCUGAACCAGGAGAUUGCCACCCAGAAGGAAGCCAUUGCUGGUCUUGAGAAGGAGCGGGACUUCUACUUUUCUAAGCUGCGCGACAUUGAGUUGCUGCUCCAGACCGCCAUUGAGGCCGACCCUGAGCUUGAGAAGGAAGAGGAUACACUGGUGAAGCACAUCCAGGGUAUUCUGUACUCGACCGAGGAUGGAUUCGAGAUCCCAGCCGAAGCGGACGAGGAGACUCACGAGGAUUUGGAGACAUUCUAA